AAAGUAGAUCAUAUGAUGCAAACCAUGACACAAUUGAUGCCGAUGCUUAUGAAACUGAAUACAUCCUGUCCAUCUGCUUGACACAGAUGUGGAAAGAAGAAAGUGCCGUAAAAAAGGAAGAAAAAAAGGUGUGUUGCAACAGCAAAAAAAAACAAAAAAAACACAAUGCUCCGUGAUCCGAACUCGUGUACGAACAAGAGUCAGUCAGUUUACUGGAAUAUUCACCUCCCUCAUUUAUUUUCUUCCUCAAAUGAUGAAAUCUCAAGCAGUUCAUUCGCAUUCUACCAUAAACAAAGAACGCUAGUGGUUUUUAGGCAUGUUGAAGCAUCCUUUUACUUUUAUAGAAUGAAAUUAUGGGGGAAGGUAGCUUCAACCAGACUGGAAUUUAUUUAUUUAUUUAUUUUUUAUGAUUGGACUUUUUGCCUCUUUGCGUCAUACAGACACUGCUUCACAGAGACCUUCUUUUGCAUGCCAACACUCUGGAGGAGGAGCAAGAACUACCUUGAAAUCCAGUUAGGUUUUCUCUUGGCUUCCUGUGGUCAAUGGGUUUCCCCUCACGUCACGUGACCAGCAUUUCGCAAUGGGCUUGGUUUGCUCAUCACAGAAACGGCAGUCAGAGAGAGCAACAAAGUUCAUACAAGUUGGAGAAUACGAAGAAAUACAGUGGAGUUAUGGUGGCGAAUUGAAUCGAAGAGAUCAUUUUCAGGUUUGGCAGUUUCAUGCUAGCUGAAGCCAAAUUCACAUUCUUCAGAUGAAUUUUUCUUUGGGAUCCAGUAUGAACACCACUACCGCCGUCCCCAUCUCGUCUCCUCCCAAAAACAUCUCGGCUCAAAUUGGCACCGCCAUCCUGACCCUGGCUUUCCUGCUGGGUUUCCCUGGUAACAUGUUCGUCGUUUGGUCCGUGCUCUGCCGGGUGAAAAAGCGCUCGGUGACGUGCUUGUUGGUGCUGAACCUGGCCUUGGCCGACGGCUUCGUGCUGCUCAGCGCCCCGCUGUUCAUUCGGUUCCUGACGGCAGGACGGGGCUGGGAGUUUGGCUCGCCGGCGUGCAAGCUGGUGCAUUAUCUGUCGAGCGUGAACAUGUACGUGUCCAUCUACCUGAUCAGUCUCAUGAGCAUGGACCGCUGGCUGGCCGUCACGAGGCCCUUCGUGUCUCAGAGGAUGAGGACCAAGCGCUCCCUGCUGGUCCUCCUGUUUGGGGUCUGGGUGUUGGCUUUCCUCCUGUCACUGCCAAUGCCGUUCUACCGCAGUAUUAUAAAGAUACCUAAAAACAACAUCACCAUAAACAUUUGCAUGCCGUACCACUGGGGGAGCGUGGGCCACCCGGUCUUCCAGUACCUGUUUGAGACCAUCAUGGGCUGCUUGGUUCCCUUCUCACUCAUCAGCACCUGCUACUCGUCCGUCAUAUGCAGACUGCAAAGCGCCAAGUUCCAGCGCAGAACACAAGGCAGUCGUCUCAUCCUGCUGAUCAUCGUCACCUUUGCCAUUUUCUGGCUUCCCUAUCACAUCGUCAACAUCACUGAGGUGGCUUGUUUACUGAAGAACUAUAAGUCGGGGAAAGGCUGCAGUCCCGCCGCUCGGCCCACCGUCACAGCCUUCGCCUACUUCAGCAGCGCGGUGAACCCCAUCCUCUACGUGUUCGCCGGGAGCUCCCACAUCCGCCAGGCCGGGCUCAGCUUCAUGGGCCGGCUCUUCGAGGCCACCAACUCGGAGAGCAGGACCACGUCCACCAUCGCCCGCAGCGGCCGCAGCGGCUCUUCGCCGGACGAGAGCGCCGUCCUGUACACGCUGUCGACCAAAAUCGGGAAGCCUUUCAAAGGAAAGGGCAAGGAGCGAAGCAGCAGCGUGGCGGGCAAGGAAGCUAACGAGCCAGAGCUCAAAACUCUCGCCACGGUUGAACAGAUAGAGUAGCACUCGAGCCGUUUUAUAUGUACUGCAAAGAGGAAAGUAGCUUUAAAAAAAAAAUGUAAGCCUUCUGUUUUUGAGUUUCAUUGUUUGUCGUUAAAACUGGGAAAUAUUACUGUGCCUGAACCAGCGUAAGUUAUAAUCUAUUUAAAUCUUGUUAUAAACAUUAAUGCUGUAGUGAAGUUUUUUAUGCAUUAGCAACAGGAUUUCAUGUGAAAUAGAUUUAAGAGAGCAGAAGAUUCAAACUUUGUAUGUAUAUAUUUUUAUCAGAACUGUGUACAUAAGACUGAAUUUACUUUUAUUAUUUAAGAAGAUAAACAGUUUUGAUAUUAAACUAUCAUCCCAACACCUUAUUGUAUGUAUUUAUUAUUGUAAUUUGAACAUCAUAACUUUUCUGUUGUAUAUUCUUCCAAUACUUGAGUUGAUCUUGCAUAUUUUAUAAAGGGGAAAAAAAGGGAAAGCUACAUGCUUUAUUGAUUUUAAAUGCAUUUAAAUAGUAAUAAUACUAAUAAAUAUGUGUCAAGUUUUUUUUUUUGGAUGACUUUCUGGAUUUUUUACACCUUACAAUGUAUUUACGUAUCUAUAUUUGUAAGAGUCCGAUUGAUACACGAUGUUCAUACUGACGGAUGUUCUGCAACACAAACAGAACAUUGCACAAGAAACGUUUCGCCAAUCAUCCUUCCUGUAAUCGUUUUGAUGCAUCGCUCUUCCCUCCAUUUCUCAACACAAGUGAAAUGUUCUUUUUGCUUACACCUUGUGGUUAAACUCGUUAAGGUUCAGAGCUGCUGUCAGACUGUGGUGGACUUGUUGACAUAGAUAUAAAACUGGAGCAACUUCACAGGAAACAUGAGUCACAUUCAUGAAGCGGUCUCAAAAACACGACUCAUUUCAAGUGUUGAUUAGUUGUUAAAGGUUAGAUAUACAUCUGACACACAAAAAUGAAGAAAAAAAAAUGAUUUAUGGUAUCUCAUCUCAUCAGUCAUGCUUGUUGAUGACAAAGAAAGUAGGAAUAUUUUUGCUUCCGGGGGUUACCAGUUCAGACGUGCACCUCGUCAGCUGACGAUUGGAAACCUUUCCAAAGAAACCUACAUUCAUGACUUAUCAGCUUUUUUUUUUUAUUAGAAGGCUGCCUUUAGUUUAAUUUGUCAAAAAUAUCUCUAUUUUCAAUUUAUUUCUGAUUAUGCUUUGAAGAUUUUAAAAUCAUGUAUUCUUUGUCUGUUAGAAUGUUAAGAUCCCGAGUUGUUUUGAUGUUUGUUUAUUCUGUAUUCCUUAGUUUCCUUUUUAUUAGACAAAUCUUUUUUCUGUUUUAUUUUAGUCCAAUUCUUCCUUAGUGAUUAGUUUACUAUGCUUAUUUUUAUGUUUAGCUAUACUUUGUUCUUCUUCUUAGGUCUAGUUAUUCUUUAGUUUUAGAUUGAUUUCUUAGUCCCUUGAAUCUGUCUCUCUCCCCUCAAACCUGCAACUCAUUUCUAAUCAUCCGUCUGUUCAUUGUUCAGUUACUCAUUCUCAGUUCCUCCUUGCUGGAUCCUCCUGUCUAGUACUGUUAUAUCACAUUAAACCUUGUCAUCUACCUGCUGA